GCUUUAUCCUACAAAUGAAGGUUGUGGCCUAUGUAAUCUCUGUUUACAUAGGCGUGGUACACCCUGGACAGUUAGAGUGUCAAAUUUACAUCAUAGUGCAUGUUUUUGGACUGUGGGAGGAAACCAGAGAACCCUGAGAAAUCCCACGCACGAACAUGCAAAAUCCAUGCAGAAAGGCUCUUGUUCCCAUCAGGUCGCGAACCGGGGUCAUUUUGCUGCAAAGGCAAGAGUGCUUCUGUACCCAGCAUGUAAAAUAUGAAUUAAACAUUAAAGUAUUUUAUUUGUGCAGCUAUUCUUCUUAGGACACUGCACUGACUUCCAUUCAGACAACCUAAACAAAGUGUUAUCCCUGACCCUAACCAUAACCAGUUAAUAAAAAAAAUAUAACUACUUAAAGAAAUGAGGUUAUGCCUCAUCAGGGCCAGGUUUAUGUCUCCAGGAGGACGACUGGUUGGGAAGGAUGGGAAUCGGUAUCAGUCAGUAUCGGUCAAAAUUUUCAAAAUCACUGGAUCGGGAUCACAUAUCGGGACAGAUAAAAAUGUAAAAUUCGAUACAACAAAAAAAAAAUCCUAUAUAUGGCAUGCUUCACUAUGCAUAGAUGUAAACGUAAAUAGAAUCGGCAAAAGAAUUUAAGCUGUGUAUUUCCUCUUUGUUACACAUUUGGGGAAUUACGUCUUUGUCAACGACACAUUUUGUGCUGAGUCAUUUCAAAGACUCGUUGAAAUGACUCCGCACAAAAUGUGUCGUUCACAGCUUCAUAGUUCAUAAAGGGUCUAAUAAUGACUAUAUCAGAUCAAUACUGGUAGAUACUCGAGUUUGUCAUAUCUGUAUCAGACACACAAGAGUGGUAUGUCCCAUUCCUGGUCUUAACAAGGUCGGUGUUUAAGCCAGUAAAGGUCCCGAAGAGGACACACACACAAACUGACACAUUGACCUACUUUCUCAGCGUGCGCGCGCUCACUGAUCUUGUGCUCUCUUCUCGUGGGACGCGACAUGACAAUAACAAAUAAACAGUAUUACACAAACACGCAGAGUACAUUUUUUUUUAUUACGGAGGGGUGAAGCUGUGCGUGUGUGUGCCCUGUUGACGUGGCUCAGUCCGGGCUGUUUUCAUUUGUCUCCUUGCAUGACGGCGUUUGGAGCUGCGGAGGACUGGAGCACAUCCAUGUUUCCCUCUGCUCACGUGUACCAGUGCACGUCAAGCUGUCGCUGAAGCCGAGAGGAGGAGAAGAGCUUACUUAUUAUGGGAGCAGCUUUUGCUGUCCUGCCUCCUUUCACCACUCCUCCACAGCCAUGCCACCAAGUGUGCACCGGCAGACCACAGCACCAAGACGAGCAAAGUGUUUUUAAAUCAUCAUAAUUGAGCUGGCUUGUCUGAAAAUGAAACGAGGACAGACAGGUCUCAUUUCAAAGUGCCCGACCUUCUCCUCCCACGAGGAGAGAACUAAGAGACAGAAGUGGGGGGCGUCCAGCUUCGCUCUGUCCCCAGCAGAGGACUGGGGCAACCUGCCCCACCACGUUGUCCUGCAGAUAUUCCAGCAUCUGUCACUCAUAGACCGUGCCAGGGCCUCGUCUGUGUGCCGCCACUGGAAUGACGUCUUUCACACCCCCGACCUGUGGAGGAGGUUUGAGUUUGAGCUCAAUCAGCCGGCUACGUCUUACUUGCGCUCCACUCACCCUGACCUCAUUCAGCAGAUCAUCAAGAAGCAUGCACAGCACCUGCAGUAUGUUAGCUUUAAGGUGGACAGCUGCAUAGAGUCUGCAGAGGCGGCCUGUGACAUUCUCUCCCAGCUGGUGAACUGCACCAUUAAAACCCUGGGGCUGAUUUCCACAGCACGGCCAAGCUUCAUGGACGUGUCUCAGGCUCACUUUGUGUCUGCACUGACGGUGGUGUUCGUCAACUCCAAGUCCCUCUCCUCUAUCAAGAUUGAUGACACGCCAGUGGACGACCCGUCCUUAAAGGUGCUGGUUGCCAACAACAGUGACACACUUAAGUUGCUGAAGAUGAGCAGCUGUCCUCAUGUCUCCCCAGCAGGUAUCCUGUGUGUGGCAGACCAGUGCCAUGGUCUAAGGGAGCUGGCGUUGAACUACCACCUCCUGAGUGAUGAGCUCCUUCUCGCCCUCUCCUCUGAAAAACACGUUCACCUGGAGCACCUGCGCAUCGAUGUGGUGAGUGAAAACCCCGGCCAGACACACUUUCACACCAUCAAGAGGAGCAGCUGGGAGGCCUUGGUCCGACACUCACCCAAGGUGAACAUCGUCAUGUACUUCUUCCUCUAUGAGGAGGAGUUUGAGCCCUUCUUCCGCGAGGAGACCCCCGUCACCCACCUGUACUUUGGCCGGGCGGUUAGCAAAGAGAUGCUGGGCCGCAUCGGACUGAACUGCCCUCGGCUGGUGGAGCUGGUCGUGUGCGCAAACGGCCUUGAGCCCCUGGACGAGGAGCUGAUCCGUAUCGCGGAGCGCUGCAAAAGUCUGACGGCCAUCGGGCUAGGCGAGUGUGAAGUGACCUGCAGUGGCUUUGUGGAGUUUGUGAAGAUGUGCGGGGGCAGGCUGACUCAGCUGUCAAUCAUGGAGGAGGUGCUGAUCCCAGACAGCAGCUACAACAUGGAGCAGAUCCACAGUGAAGUGUCCAAGCACUUGGGUCGCAUGUGGUUCCCUGACAUGAUGCCCACCUGGUAGGAAUGAAGCCACAGUGGUGAGAAAUAUUUGCCUUUGAUGGACUUACUGUACGGAUAUUACAUGAGCGUUGUGUGUUCACAGUUAUACAU